AUGACUACUGAGCCCGAGUCGUCAAUGGCUAAAGUGUCGGAAGGCGUAAAGAAUCGCUUGGCUUCCGGUGAAUGGUAUGUGGCUUGUGGAACGGACGGCAUUGAGCCAUUGGAAAACGAGGAACGUGAGCACUGUCUCGUUGAGAACGAGACGAUGACGUCCUUGUUAUGUCCCGUGGACAACGUCGUUAUGCACUACAAAGCAGAAAAGCUCAGGCUUAUCGGUAUUUCUGACGUGCUUCCAGAUAUAAUAACUGCCAUUGCAGCUGAUCGAUCUGGAGUGUAUGUUGCCUGCGGAGCUGUUGUAGCAGUGAUGAAAACUUGCCGCCAUAUCGAUCGGUAUAUUGAAAUUGGAGCAAAGACAAAAUUCAUGAAGACCCUGGGUGAUUACUUGGUUAUCGUCGACGAAGAGAAUGGCAUCCGAGUUUUCAAUAUUCCUGAUGGACAAAAACUCCUUCAUAUGGAGGGUUCAAAAGAAUUUCAAGUUACGGCCAUGGUGCAUCCCAGCACCUACUUGUACAAGAUCUUGAUUGGCUCCUCUAUAGGAACAAUGCGACUAAUAAAUUUCCGCACUGGUCGUCUCAUUCAUGAAUUUUCGAAAGGAUUUGAUGCGGCAAUAACAGUACUUGAACAAUCUCCAGCAGUUGACGUAAUGGCCAUAGGUCUCGCUAAUGGACAGGUUAUCUUGCAUAAUGUUCGAGUUGAUGAGACCAUAUGCAAAUUUCGACACGAAAAAAAGCAAUAUCUGCUGAAUGAUAACAAGCCUCUCAUGACAACUGCUGAUGUCGGCGGUGACAUAGUGGUGUGGAAUCUGGAGAAGCGUCAGUUGGUAGGCAAGGUGGCGGGUGCUCACCAUGCCGCUGUUACUGAGUUGUAUUUUAUGCCAGGAGAACCCAUUAUGAUCAGUUCAAGUAUUAAGGUGUCUGCAUCUGCGGAUAAUUCGCUGAGGACUUGGGUACUUGAUGGAGGUGAUGACAUGCCUCGACAACUAAUCUUCUGUCAAUCUGGGCUGGACGGCUCAGUUCGCAAAUAUAUGGUGAAUGUUGAAACCAUGCGGCAGAAGCUUGGCAGCGCUGGAACAAUUUCGAGGGCUCUCGCAAAGAAGAAGCACAUUGCUAUUGAAAGUAUACGAAUGGAGCCCGUAAUUGAUAUGGCAAUCGGAUGGAGUCGGGAAGCGGCGUGGGACAAUGUGUUGUGCAGGCAUAAAGAUACUUUGCUUGUUACAACCUGGACAACUAGGAAGAACGCUCAAGGAACACACAAACUGGUACAUGAACGGUUCGUGAAAGACGCUACUUUAUCUUGUGCUACCGCAACGGCAGUGGCGCUCUCACCAUGCGGAAAUUUUGCGUUUAUUGGAUAUUCUACUGGCAGAGAAAGCACACGAAUCGAAGAUAACAGCAUUGACAGUGAAUUCUCGUGGCUCCGAGCUGAUUACUGGAUGCGCCAAGGGUAG